AUGGCAGCUGCUAUCAAGGCCAUCAAUGCCAAGAUCCGCUCCAACAAGGUGCUGGACUAUGUCUGCUCUACCCGUACAAACGGCGGAACUCUUCAAGCGGACAAAGAAGAUUCCAGUCAUACCGUACCUGCGCAGCUUGCUAACCAUCAAAUUGGCGUGAUAGACUUCUGGGGCCCCGUCUCCAACUUCGGUAUCCCCAUUGCGGCCGUGAUGGACACGCAGAAGGACCCUGAGAUCAUCUCCGGCAAGAUGACCGGCGCCCUCACCAUCUACGCUGCGACCUUCAUGCGCUACGCUCUCGCCGUCACGCCUAAGAACUACCUCCUCUUUGCCUGCCACUUGACCAACUUCGGCGCCCAGACAACACAGGGUUAUCGGUACCUGAAGUAUUGGCACUGGGGUGGCCGGGAAGCUCAGAUCGCUGCUCAGGGUGCUGAAGCAGGCGAGGCUGCAUCGCAGGCUGGGGCGUAA